UAAAAUUUGUGAAAGAACCAUAAGGUAGCAAUAGGUAAUAUUGUUGAUUGCGUGUUACGAGCUUGUGAAAAAUCUUGCAACAAUGACUAACAGAGUUCCUAUUCAAAAGGAGUUUUUCUGGGCCUGUAAGUUGGACAAGACACACCGGGAAUGUUUCUUUAGUCCUGUGGUUAAGAAAAACCUUGCCCAUAGUUUACUAUUGAAGAGAAUUGUGCUGGGACCUUGUAGAGAUUCAGAAUGUGAAGUGAAUGUUGUAGAAAUUGAAACAACUGAUUAUGAAGAUAAUGUAAUUACUGCAACACUUGCAGUACUCCAGUCAACAAGGGAAAAAAGAUUUGCUGAGACACAAUUAGAUAUAAUGAUUCCCAGACAACAAGUGACGUUAAAGUUGGUUGAAGGAUCCGGACCUGUAUCAAUUUUUGGGCAUCAUGUUACAGUCUUUCCAGAUUAUUCUGAUGAUGAUGAUGAUGAUUAUGAUGAUGAAGAGGAUGAGGAGGAGGAACAGAAUGAAGAAAAGGAAGAUGAAAUAAAAAUGAAAACUAAAAAAGUCUCUCUUGUAGAUGUGUCUGAAAAAUUGCCUAAAAAAAGAAAGGUUUCUAAAUCUGAUGGAUUGCCAAAAAAGGUGAAAGACCUUACUAAACCUGUCUUAUAACAAAAUA